AUCCAGGGUUUUCCUUGUGGUGCUUUGAGAGAGAGGGAGGCUGGAGCAGGAAGCAGCAAGUAGAAAAGCAUCAAAGGGUAAUGAAAAAGUUCAAUUGUGUGCCAUUACUAGCUGGGAGCAAAAGGACCAAGUGCUAUAAAUAGAAUUAAAGUCUUUGUUUUCUUAUUAAUAGAGAAUGACUUUGCUGUUUUAGCAAACUUCAACAAGAUGCACUGAGAUCAGCCAGGUUUACCUACAUUUGACCGAUGUGGGAAAUGACACUAAAGGGAAUAUUUAGUUGAAAUUACUUUAUACAGAGACAGAAGAGAGAAUAAUUUCAAGGUCAGCAAUACAGUUGGAAGGUUGCACCUCACAAUUUAAGUGCAUUUUUACAGAUUAUUUUAUCAAUUCUUGCUCAAUCUAUAUACUUAGGAAAGGGAUGCACAAGUAAUUAGGAUACUAAAUACUUAUUUUCAGUUACUGGGCAUGGUUCACUAUGCUUUUUGGCAUGUAAGAUUUUGCGUUGAAUCUGUAUUUUCAGUCACAUGGUUGAAGUCAAAGCCUAGAAGCUUGUUUUUUAAUUAUGAAGUAAAAGAUUCCUCAGGGAACAAAACUGCACUAAAAAUAUAAAAUUGAAUAUUCAAUAAAUAUUGAAUAUAAAAUGCCUUUGAGUCAAUCUUGACUCCUGGGGACUAUGUGAGCAAGAACACUUAGUUUUUUGGCAAUGUAUUUUGGAUAUCUUGGCUCCCAUGAAAUUCACAACUUCCCAUGAACCUAUAUUGGUAGUUAAAAACUAAAAUGUAGGUUUUAGUUGGUACAAAAUUGCCAGGAUUGAAUUACUUCAAUAGAAAAUCACAAGCAAAAUAUUUUUUUUAAAUUGAAGGCAAGAGUAGAGUGUGAUGCUCAACUGAGAUGCUUCUAAGCCCUCAGCUUCUCUGCUUCCACUUAUAUAACACCCAACACUGAAAAGGAGUCCAUGCUUAUUUCACAAAACAGUCAUCCCAAUGUGAUUUAAAUGGGCAAGUUCUUUUCAAGCAAAUAUAGCAAACAAAAUACAGCAAUUAUAUUUGGGCCUGAAAGGGAAAAAAUGAGAACAGAACAGUAUGUUAAGAGAAAUUUAUGCAGGAACUGAUGAGAAGAUCUUUGUUGUUUGCACCUGAACUUUUUUCAUAGUUGGGUUAGAUUUUUAAACAAAUUUACUGGAUUAAAGUUAUCGACUUCUUGGAGAAUUGAAUCCAAUUCUGUAACCUCCAUCACCACACCACAGGAAUCAUUUGAUUUGUUUGCCUAUGCAUACUUUUGUAUGAUAUGCAAAGGCAUUUUACAUUAUUAAACUAUAGUCUUUGCUACAUGAUAGUAAUGUUCUAUUAAUGACAAAAGUCUUCUUCAAAUGGAGCAUGACUCCUGGUGAAUUGGGAAUAUAUAUUCAGUAUUUCUGGUAUGACUACAAGAAGUGGUUUGCCAUUCCUUACUUAAAUCAGUGUAUAUGCUUGUUUUAUAUGAUAGUCCCUUUCCAUUUCUAAUUGAGCUGCUUCCCUGUCAAAUAAGCUUGGCCAAGUGCUGUUCUUUACUGAGAUAGUUUUGCAAAACAGUGUACUGUUGCAUAAUUAAAUCACAAGCAAUGAAAAUAUUUGCUUACAAGUCACAGCAGGUUCUUCCCAUAUUCAUUUAGGUAGCAAGAGUUGUUGGAAAUAAGCUUCCAGUAUAACUAAAGGCCUUUAGAUGUCUGAAUUAAAAUACAAAUUUGUACAAGAGACCGAUUUAUACUAGAAAGUCUUGCAAAUUCUUCCUGAGUACAGAAAUGAGGUUAACUAGCUGCUAUGCCUGCGAAAUAAAAAUCCUUGGCUGCUUUGAUGUAGUGGGGAAGGCAGGCACGAUGGGUAUAUUUUGCUUAUGGAAAGAUUCAUCCAGCGAUUCCAGGCACGUUCGACGAGAAUCCAUUUUACGUUUAAGGGAAAAUCAGGCACCUGCUGUUUAUGCACUGUCGGCUCUAAGCCAAAUUAUGGAGGAGGCGUAGGUUUAGCAUCUAUGAGCGUUGAACUUCCAGCUAUCGGACUUCGUACCGCCUUUCUUUUUCUGGGCAAUAGAAGAGGCUCCCGACCUCGGUAGCGCCCGGAAAGCAGGGUCCUCAAAACACGUGUCCAGGCAGACACGCGCAUCAGUAGCCCGGAGGCAGGGCUGCGUGCCGGUUUGCAAAAUCCUACACGCACUUCCCACCCUUCCGCUUUGACGUGCGAGGCGGCGGUGGGGUUCUUGGACGUGAAGAUGGCAGCGUUGGCGGAGCCUCUAGGGCUGGAGAGAGAUGUGGCUCGAGCGGUCGAACUGCUGGAGAGGCUGCAACGCAGUGGGGAGGUGCCCCCCCAGAAAUUGCAAGCCCUUCAGAGGGUGCUACAGAGCAAAUUCUGCUGUGCCAUACGGGAGGUUUAUGAGCAGCUGUAUGACACUUUGGAUAUCUCGGGAAGUGCUGAGAUCCGGGCACAUGCUACUGCUAAGGCAACAGUGGCAGCCUUUGCAGCUAGUGAGGGCCAUGCGCACCCCCGAGUGGUGGAGCUGCCAAAGACAGAUGAAGGCCUAGGCUUUAACAUCAUGGGGGGCAAGGAGCAAAAUUCUCCCAUCUAUAUUUCUCGCAUCAUCCCAGGAGGUGUUGCUGAUCGCCAUGGUGGGCUGAAGCGUGGAGAUCAACUGCUGUCUGUCAAUGGUGUGAGUGUGGAGGGUGAGCAACAUGAACGGGCAGUGGAACUUCUGAAAGCAGCACAAGGCACAGUGAAAUUGGUUGUGCGCUACACACCCAAAGUACUUGAAGAGAUGGAGGCACGCUUUGAGAAGAUGAGGACAGCACGGCGCCGGCAGCAACACAACAGUUACUCAUCCUUGGAGUCCCGGGGAUAAAUUUACACAAGAAUUAAUUGGGCAGCUGAUGAACCUGAUCCAUCCUCCCUAUCCUUUGGAAUGGUUUUAUCUGUAGAGAGGAGACAUAUUUAUCUAGUCCCCUUCCCUGAGUUGGGAGGUGGGCUUCAGUGUACAGUAUUUAUUCUUUACAUUCCUCUUAUUUAAAAAGAUGUUUGGUGUAAACAAUUCUGUAUGUUUGUGCAACACCUUAUCCUUUGUGAAACUGCAGACAAAAGCUACAAAACUACCAAGAGUAUCAUCCAAGCCUCUGAUAUAUAGAGCUAUGAGGGAAAAAUAUACUGUUCCAUGAGAAAACCUUAGAGGUGCUUUUACCACUAUAGGCAAAGAAACUCCAUUUAUCCAAUUUCCCCCCAGUUCCCAACACCAUUGCUGCACUUUUGGUAUAGGAAAGAUUUUUAUGUUAAAUGAGCAGCCCUAAUGAGACGUAAUUCUAGAUAAAGCAUUAGACAUAUUCUGUAUUCAUAACAUCCUUAGGUGUCCAUAUUGUUCUUUCAGUCUCGCUUCCAUGACAAGGUUAUUGUGAGGAAAAAAUAACAAACAUGUUGUAUGUUUGGUGCACUGAUUGGGAGAGGCUGAUAGUAACAAUAGCAACAACUUGGGAGGGAGACGAUAAUCUGAUGUUAUUAAGAUGAUACAGUUAAAACAAUUUUCUUUAGUCCACGUUAGAACAUGAUACAGCAUUUACAGGAGACAAAUAUAGGAAACAUCAAUUUCAGCCCACUUGAUUGUUCCUCGGUCUCCUGGUCUAUAAAAUAAGAAUACAAUUGCCCAGGAUCUGAAAGAGGUGGAGUAAAAUUCCAUGGAGGAAGGAAUUACAGAGUAUUUCAGAGAUGCAAAAUACUACAGAUCUAUGCAUAAAUGAAGUGUAUUCCAUUAUGGUAUGAAAGAGAAGAGAAGUUCCCACUCCUCCAGUGACAUCAGAAUAGAAUCUAUAGUAUGUUUCUUUUAUCAGCUGUUUCCAGCAGGGUUUCUCAUCCUUGGGCAGCUUGAAGAUGUGUGGAUGUCAACUCCCAGACUUCCCUGGCCAAAAUGUUAUUCUAAUCUGGUAUUUAUUGGAAGCAAAUUUCUACAAGCAAGAUGUAAGUGGUAACUUCUUAUUUUUUUAUCCCUUUAUGUAACCCCCCUUUUCAAUGCCUCCAGUUUAUUUUCUUCCUUUGACCCCCUCCUUUCUACCUCCCCAGUUGGUGGCCAAAGGAAAGGAACAUUCUUCUCACCAGCAGCAUGAACAAGGUGCUUGCAGAGAGCUUUUCUAUCAGGUUGAGCUCUGGAGGUUUUCUGCCCCUCUUCCUUUUCCAUGGCAGAGCAGCAAAGCAUGGAGCAAGUGUAGGAGGGAAUUCUGUGGUUUUUAUCUGUCUACCAGCAGAGGGGGAUAUUACUACAGUGAUGAGCCAAAAACCACCCUUCUAGUUUUAUUCAGCAAGCUAGACUGCAUUCUACAACACACACAAUCCAGCUCUUGUAUUAAUCCACUGUCUCUGCUUGUGCUAUCGAACACCAAGCCAAUAAAUUAAGCCAUGAAAAACUAAGCAAGAGCUAAAACACUAAUCAAGCUGCAUGUGUAAAUGCAACUGCUAGAUCUUUAACUCACCCAGGUCAAGCAGGUAUACCAACAUAUCCAAAGAAUUUUAGGCUGAGAUAGCCAUUGCUGGAAAUUGGCAAGAAAUUGAUCAAGAUUCAAAGCCUUUAAAUGGUCAUGGAAUGCAGUAGGGAAGGGCUGAGGCAGAGUAGGUGUACUGGCAUGACCAAGACUUCUGAUUCACUCUGAUUUUCAUGGAGGAGCAUGUGACAGGUGUGGUCUUCAGCUCCACUUAUGCGAUCCUUGGGCCCAGUACAGGUAGUCCUCAACGUAAACCAUUUGUUUAUCGACAGUUCGAAGUUACAGCUGUACUGAAAAAGUGGCUUAUGAUUGGCCCUUGUAUUAUGACUGUUGCAGCAUUUUUAGAAUUCAGGUGAUCAAAAUUUGGAUGCUUGGCAACCGGCAUGAAUUUACAAUGGUUGCAAUUCCCAGGUUCAUGUGAUCACCAUUUGUGACCUUCCCAGUCAGCUUCCAAUAAACAAAGACAAAGGAGGGGGAGCAGAUUUGCUUAACAGUCACAUGAUUUCACCCAACACCUGCAAUGAUUUGCUUCACCACCAUGGGAAAAAAGGUCAUAAAAUUGGGUCCGAGUCACUUAACAAUCUAAUCUUUGCUUACUAACAGAAAAUCUGGUCCCAAUUAUGGUUGUAAGUUGAGGCAUACCUGUACUGCUGCCAUAACAGCACCUACUUAUUUUGCUCCAAACCUUGAUUGUGUAUUUACAGACUUUUAGCAGUGCAUUUUUCUUCUCUUUUGUCCAAGAUAAGCCCAUUUCUUCUCAACAGGGAAAAUAACUAAAAGAGUCCUCGCCCAAUACAUGGCUUGGCAGCUUUUUAACUCAAAAUGCAACAUAGAACAGAGGUCUCCAAACUUUCUUAGUUUAUGGCAUCCUUUGUGGCUUUGUAUUUUUUCAUAAUGCUCGGAGGCCAAAACUGGACUAUCUUAAAUUAAUAGUUUGCAUGCUGUCUGACAGAUGUCAAAUAUCACUGUGUUUUCCUUAAAAAUUAAAAUAUUCCAUGGUGCCCUUGUGACUUUGUUACAGCAUUCUAGGAUAGAGAUAAGUUCAGACCUAAGCUUAUAUUUAAUUCUAGAGGAAUUCUGCUUCUAAAAAAUAAAUUAUAAAACUCUGGGGGAAGUUGAAACUAUAUUCCAAUAAAUCUGCUUGCAUUCUUCAAAAGCCCUGUGAGGAAAAAAAUGUUGUUGGAUCUAAUUUUGGAAUUUCAAAACAGUGUAUGAUGGAAGGACUGACAUCACCAAAAAUAAAUUGAUGCGGGGGGAGGGGGGCUUCAUUUCUGAUAGAAAUCCUUUAGAUCCUUAACUCUGCAUGCAUUGGUUUCCUCAUGCUGGUGUUAGUUGUGCUGUUCUUCCCUGCCCUGUUGAGGAUAUGGUUCAUAUGCAGCAGCAUGAUCAGAAGAAGUAGGCAUAGUUUUCAGUGUGUUGGCUAAGAACUUAAGCCAUCACUAGAAAGCUUGAUAUUUAAAAGUUUUGAACUUGUAGAAAUACUUGUUAUCAUAUUGUAUCUUUGGUAGGCAAUUAAGUGCCAGGAAAUGUAGAGGACUCCUGGACAUUAGUACUGUGUACCUCAUUAUUUAACUCUUUCCUCUCAGGGGCUAUCCUAAUGAAACCUCCACUACUAAAAUUGGGAAUACCAAGAGUGUGCUUCCUCACCCUCCAAUCAAAUAAUAGCUUUAGCUCUUUUUGGGGGGUGGGUAGAGAGUGGGGAGGCACUAACACUCUGUUCUUGCUAAUUAUCUGUCUACCAGUUGAUGCUAUUUGUGCUUUUUAAAUCCUUGUUUUAUCCAAAGAUGCACUUAAUUAGUUUAGCCCUGACAAGGUUUCAUGAGCACUUGAUUAUUUAAAACCUCAUCCAGAAUUAGGCUACGGCUGAUGUUUAAUUAUUAUAGCCUGCCCUAUGUUAGUAUAAUAAGCAUCGGUAAGAAGGAUUCGGAAUGCAAAGAGGCACUUUAGAGAUACUUUCUUUCAAGAUCUCCAUCUGUCUAUGGGGGUUGAUAUGCUUGUAUUUAUUAUAUCAUUAUAUGGCUUGUCUUUAAAUCUUCCUUCGUGCUGUCCUAUUUGGGAAGAGCUCUUCUUCACACUGUUGUUGACACUGAUACUUGUCAACAACCUCACCAUAGAACUGCUUACAAGUAACCACCUUAUUGUCGUUGUCCCUGACAUACAUACUGUACAUUAAAUAAAAAAAGGACCAGGAAAUUAUUUGGCUGGGACACUCUACUACCUGACUCUAAGGAUCACCUGAUACUGAACUAGGUAGUUUUCGUCAUUCUUGGAGUGAAGAGGUGUCAGAGAUCUUUGUGAAAUUGCAACAAAUUAAAGAUGUGUAUGUAAAUACAUUAGUAAAUGAAGCACAGUAUUUAAGAGAUCUGGCUUGAAAUGGAGUAUAGCAAUAUUUCUGGCAUCUUUUCUCCUCAUGUUGAAAAUAUUGUGGAGGCAAGUGUUGGCAUGCCAACUAGAGAAUUAUAAUACAAAUAUAUGUACCAAUGCUUGAGAAGCAAUUUAUGUCCAGGGGCUUGUCUGGUCAAAGCAAGGUAAAAUUAUUGUUGUUUACAUAGAAGUACAUUGUACUCUUGUGUUACAUUACAGGCUGGUCAAUUCUUCUACAACAGGAGGGCAAGUGAAGGGAAAAAAUGAAAAUAAAAUGUAAGAAAACGAAAUUCUAUUUCUAUGGGAGUAUGGCAUAGGUCUGACAUAUGGUGAUGUUCCUAGAAGUAAGGCUAGAAAUAGGUGACUUAUUUUACUAGUUGUAUUACUCUGAGAGUUUUGUAAUGAACUGCACAUAGCGAUCUGAUAGCAGUGGCUUAUGUUCCUGUUGAUUCCCACUUACUUUACUCCAGAUAAAUCUAUAUACCACGUAUUUGCCAGGAAGAAAGUAAGUGGCAACUCCUUUCUACCAGUGGCUUGAUGUGUCAGGGAGAUGUGUGUUCUAACUGUGAUUACCAAAGGUUCAUUAAGAAUUUAAAAUCAUUGUUAUGUAUAGUAAGCUUAGUGAUUUAGGAGAAAGUGAAAAGAAAGGAGAAGGACUGAAUGUUCCUUUUUUGAAUAGGCUGAUUUCAGACACCUUCAGCUCAAGAACAAUAACUGCUCUCUCAGUGAGGCUAUCACUCAAAUACACAUUUACGGAACACGUCUACCUAGUCCAGAUCUCACUCCCUAAAACUGUAUAUUGCAACAAGUUUCCCUGACCUCAUCUUGCUGUUGAAAUCCAUUUGAUUUUAGCCCACUGGCUGUUGGUUGGGGCUCUCGCCUUUACCUUAACUUUAAAGGGGAAAACACAAAAAACACAAAAAUGGGGACUGUUAUGAAAACUCACCUAAAAGGGAAAUCCACCCUCCUGUUUGGCUCCAUAAUGUUUGAAUUUCAUAGGCUUCUGUAUUCUCUGCCCAUUAUCAAUCAUCUGGGAUGGAUAGGCCAGCUACCUUUCCUUUAUAUUAUGAAUUCAAGCCCUUGAGUUAACUGAGAAAAAAUAUAUAAUAAAAUUAGCAUUGCGUAAAUGCAUCCUGUAUUCACAGAAUUGCUUCUAAAUCUGGAUAUGUUAAGACAUUACAUAGCUGGGGAUUUUUUCAGUGCCUUUUCCCCCCACCAAAAACAACAAAUAUGAUCAAUUGGAAAAUGUCAGAUAGCCCUUUGCCCAUGUUAAAGUAAGUUUUUAAGGCAUGGCUUGCCUGAUCAUGAGUGCUUUGGUUGUAAAUUUCAAAGGAAACAUACCCUCUUUUCCAACCAUUUAGAGCUCUGGCGAGAUCAUGGCUGCAGCAAUGUAGUCAGACAGUUUUAAUAACUCUUUUUUCCUAGGGAUCAGUAAUUGUUUUUCAAGAACAAAACAGUCUGGGUUGCUGUUUGGGAAAAACUGUCUCAAAUUUUAAAGCCAUUAAAUGGGCCUCCUAUUAGAUAGUGAUAUAUUUACAUCAAUAUAAAUGUUUGGCUCACACUGACUUGUGAUUGUGUAGGUGCAUACAUGCCUACAUACCGGUAGUUAACAUAAUGGUUAAGAUGUUAAACUGAGAUCCCCAGUUUGAGUUCUGACUUAUUCCUCUGAAUUCACCUGAGUGACUUUGGUCUAACCCUCUUCACAGAGCCAUCCCAACCUAGCCCACUUCAUAGGAUUCCUGACGAAAUAAAAUGAGAGGAAGCCCCACCCCCACCCCCAGGUAUACCAUGUUGAAUUCUCAGAGAAAGGCAAGAUAGAAUCCAAAUAUGCCAUUUCAUCAUGAACACAGCUCAAACUGCUGGAGGUAGGAUUUUAAAAAACACAAUGAAUUGUAACAUAAGAGAAAAAUAACUGUGUAUUUUUUUACUACUUAUAUACGCUAUAUCUGUUAAUAUUUUUUUUUAAAUUAUCCCUUCAAAAGAACAUUAAGCACGAAACAAUAAUGAGAACAAAAGAAAAUCCUAUAAAUAUGCCCAGAUGAUAAAAUCAGUUAAACAAGUAACUGAGGCUACUUUAAAAAUUAAGAUAAAAGCAUCUAACAAAACAGAAGCAAUCCUCCAAAUCAGGAGAAGAAACAAUUUAUUUUCAUCCAAGUCUGAAAGGAUUAAGGGCUCAAGUAGCUACCACAGAGAAGGUGCCAUUCUUAAAGGCCCCUUUUUAUAGGCAUUAAUCCUCCAAGUGAUGUUCAUGUUGUGUGCUUCUCAUUUUCUUGAGCAAUAAGAAAUUUCAGAAGCAACAAUAAUAGGCUGCUUUUCUUUUGGAUGGGAGAGAGAAAACCAGAGGCUUACGCCUGUCUAGUUGAUUUAUGAUCAUGGCACAAACAGCAGAAGCAGAGGUUAGCAGGUACUCCUAAAAGGCAAAAUAUCAGUGGAAAAUAAUUUGGCAAUGAGCUCUCCUAAACUGCACACUGAUCAGAACUCCUAUCUCUGUGCCUCUAGAAGAACUGCCAAUUGCAUAUUUCACAAAGAUUGGCUCACAAUAUAUACUAAAGCUAAAUUUAAUUUUGAAGUAAUAAAACAAAAUUGUUCGCAUACCAUGGUAAGCCCACAUACAUGGAUAGUACUAUGGUUUAACUUAUAAUUUGAUUCACCAACACAUUAAGGCAAUGGCUGUGUCCUUAGAAUUCCAGUUUAGCCUAGCUUUGUGGGUCACCUGGGUUUGGUUGCAAAAAUGCUUGCAAGCAUCUCUAUAAUGACCAUCUUCUCCAAACUGGUACCCUCCAGAUAUAUGUUGACUAACUCCCAGAACUCCCUAUUCCAUGCUCUAUAGAAAUGUUGAAUGAGCUCUAGUAUCACCUCCAACCAACAUAGCCAACCAUAUUUUUGGUUGUAUAAUGGGACUUAAAUUUUAUUUAAGAUUUUCUGCAGAAAAGCUCAAGCUCUCAGAAAACUGAGAUAUUUGGCUUUAAUAGCCCUCCUCUCUCAAUUUACCUACUGAUCUUUAAAGGCCAUUCCACAUUUUCUCCUUGUCCCAUUGUCAGUAUGGGUAACUUAUCAGCUCUUGAGUGCAGAAACAUACAGGUAAUCCUCAAUUUAGGAUUGUUUGCUUCGUGACCAUUCGAAGUUACAGUGGCAUUGAAAAAAGUGACUCAUGACUAUUUUUCACACUUAUGACCAUUGCAGCAUCCCCAUGAUCACGUGAUUUAUAUUUGGAUGCUUGACAGCUGACUCACAUUUAUGAUGGUUGCAGUGUCCUGGGGUCAUUGAUCCCCUUUUGCAACCUUCUGACAAGCAAGGUCAAUGGACAAACCAGAUUCACUUAGCAACCAUGUUACUAAUUUAACAACUGCAAUGAUUCACUUAACAAAUGUGGCAAGAAAAGUUCUAAAAUGGGGCAAAAUUCACUUAACAAUUUUCUCACUUAGCAACAUAAAUUUUGGGCUCAGUUAUGGUCCUUAGUUGAGGACUACCUGUACUGUCUUCUUCUCACUCCCAGCUCAUUGCAAAUGCAUUCUGCUCCUGUAUUUUCCAGAUCUGAUAAUGGAAACAGCUGUUUUCCAACCUGGGCUAUCUUAAGUCCUUCCGCAUACCUUUUAUCAUGAGCUUUGUUCAAUUCUAGAAUAACAACAUAGUUCUGAUUAUCUCCAUAGUCUGGCCUGCUUCCUUCCUUCUUUUGGCUGGGCAAUCUGGCUAUAUUUUCUCUUCUAGGCAACAGUUUCUUUUUUGUUUUGUUUGGAAUAAUAUCUUAUAAUUGCUAUAACAAUGACCCAUUAAGUCCUAUCCUGAGCCCUGGAAGCUCGAGCUCCACUCAGUCCUUAGUUCUUCCUGUAAGCAUUGGUUCCAUUUCUGUUCAGGUUUAGCGAAGCCUCCUUCCCUUGUUUUCUCAUUGCCUUUAUUUUAUAUUUGUUAAUAUCUCUUAAGUUUUAACUUGGGAAUAUUUCUACUCUAUUUUUAUUAAGCUGACCUAUUAGUUCUUCCUUGUUACACAUUUUCCAUGGACCUACCAAAGUGAAAGAACAACCUGUUCCUACUACUUUAGUUAUCAUAGCAAUAGUACCAUGUUAUCAUAAGGGGGGAAAAAAGAAAAAAAGAGUUUGUUAUAGAGUCCAACAAAAUAUGUGGGAAAGAAGUGUAAAGAAGUGUUUGUGAAGAUCUGGAAAAGCAAAAGAAGGGCAUGGAGCUUGCAAGGAGGAAAUAAAUCCCUAAAAAGAAAACAACAGACUUUGGUAGCUUCUUCAUACAGGACCAAACAAGAUAGGAUUGACUUCCCUGCAGAGAGGGAAUGGGAAAGAAGCAGGGGAAUGACCAGUCAGGUCUUGUGGUGGCUUUAGACCAGAUUGGGCACCAGCCCAACCCCACUGCCAACUCAUUGCAAUCUGCACAGGAAUUUCUGAAGUUGGCUUAAGAAACAGAUGGAUGCAGUAUGGGAGACCUCCAGCAGCUUAGGAUGUAGUGCAGUAUGGCAGGAAGAAUCAAAAAGACCAUUGAUCAUUUGGUUUGAUAGACUUCAGGUUCUGAAUAGGCUGUUAAACUGAAACACCCUCCCCUCCCGCAUUCUGUAAAUUUUCCUGCUUUCAUCUGCACCACUCCCACACCAAGAAAGAUCAUGGCAAUACAACAAGUCUGAGCUGGUUUGGUGGAAGCUGCAUCACUUGAAAAUGACAACUUAGGCAUUUGGAUGUCCAGUACCACACCCCUUGCUUUCAUUCAUAUUCUAAAUGUCACUUACUUCCUAGACCAAAGAAGGCAGCAGAAGUCAAAUUCUGCUCUGCCCUGGGUUUGCCACCUAGAUAUUGAAAUCUCGCAUCAGAGGAAAAAAAUCCAAACCAGAAUGAAGACUGCUCCCUGCCCAGCAGCUGCAUGACUCAGCUCUUCUGUCCUUCCCAAGUUGGUUGAACCAGUUGGGUUGCUCUUUAUAGACUUCUUCAUUAGUAGGAAUGGCGAGAAGGGAGGAGCCAUGCAGAUCUUCAUUCAUGGGGAUCUUAUAGAAAAGCUUUUGAAUUUUGGCUGGGCUCAGUUGAGUUUCUGCUCCUCUGUAUCGCAGCUUUAGCAUGCUGCCUUUUUAUAGAUUUAUUUGUACCACAGUAGCUUUUUAAAAAAAUAAGUUUUGUAUGAAUCAGAAUGAAGGAAUCUCAUGGGUGUCUUACAAUAGGCUUUGAUAUUCAAAUUCAAAAUUGGGUUUGGCAGGGAUAGUGUGGAUGGGGAUUUAUCUGUUUAUUAAACUGAUAAAACAGCCGUUAUCAAUCCCAAAGAUUUUCAUUAAUAAGGAUAAACAUUACAAUCAUGUAAAAUUCUAUGCUACAUUGAAUUCUGAUUUUUAGAGGAUUAGAUCCAGGUAAUCCUUGACUUACAACCAUAUUGGACUAGAAUUGUUGUUGUUAAGCAAGGUGAUUGUUAAAUGACUCAUGGCCAAUUUUGAUGAUGUGACCAUAAGGAUGCUAUGACAAUUAUAGGCAACUUUUUCAGUGCCAUUGUAACUUUGAACAGUCAUUAAAUGAAUGGCUAUAAGUUGAGGAGUAAAUGUACUUGCAAAAACUGUGAUAAACCCAUAAAAAGUUAGACUACCACCUGAUGAUCUGGGAUUUUUUUUUUACAUGAAAGAAGAAAAAUAUAUUAAAAUAUUCUUUGAGUAUAGCUCAAAUACUGGUGACUUCGUGGAUAGGGACAUGUAGUUUUCUCAACUACAUGACAUGAUUUGUUUCUCAACAUGUUGUUUUUUUGAUUGGACUAAAUCCACCAAUUAUCUGGUGGUCUUUCUUCCAAAUACAAAGGCAGCCCAUUCCUGUUUUAGUCAGGAAUAAAUUAAUCUUUAUUUAUACCAGAAAUACAAUAUGUCAAAUAUCGUCUAUUAGAUACAAAUAGAAUAGAAUAAAAAGAACAGAGCAGAAUACUUAUUCUAUAUAUAGAAUUUAUAUAGAAUAAAAUGUUUUAUAUAGGAAAUAGAAUAGAUCGUUUGAGAAUAGAAGGGGAACUCAUCAAAUUUGCAGAAUACCAACCUGGUAAGAAUAACUAACACCUCAGAAGAUAGGUUCAAGAUCCAGAUGGAUCUCAACAGACUUGAACCUGGGUGCUAUCUAAUAAAAUGUAAUUGAGUAUAGAGAAAAAUAAGGUUUUACAAUUAGGCAAGAAAAAUCAAGUGUGCAGGUACAAAUUAGAUGAAACUUAAUAGCAGUAACUGAGAGAUAUUUAUUGGAGUCCUAGUAGACAGUCACUUAAAUAUGUGCCAGCAGUGUGCAGCAGUUGCCAAAAAAGCCAAUGCAAUCCUAGGCUACAUUAACAGAGGGAUAGACUCAAGAUCACAUGAAAUGUUACUACCACUUUAUAAUGGCUUGGUAAGACCACGGUUGCCACAAUAUAAAAAAGAUGUUGAGACUGGAAAGAUACAGAGAAAAGCAACAAAGAUGAUUAAGGGCUGGAGGCUAAAACAUGAAGGAAUUGAAGGAAUUGGGUAAGUGUCUAAUGAAAAGAAAGGCUGGGUUGACAUGAUAGCAGUGUUUCCAUAUCUGAGGGGCUGCCACAAAGAAGAGAGGGUCAAUGUAGCACCAGAGCACCAGAAGCAAAAUAAGAAGUAAUGGAUGGAAAGUAAUCAAGGAGAGGACCAACCUAGAACUAAGAAGAAAUUUCCUCUGUCUCUCUGUGUGUGUGUGUGUGUGUGAUUAUGAAUCUCCAUAAAGUUCAACAUAAUAUAAAAAUAAUGUUAUAAAUAGUACAAAUAAUAUUUCCAGGAUCAAUACUUUCUUCAGUCAUAAUUGGGAUGAGUAAAACAAAUUGAGGCUCAGAAUAAACCAAUCUGUCCGACCAGGGCAAAAAUCCAGGAAUAAGUCUUCCAAAUAAAUAUUUAAGAAAUAUGAAAUCUAAUUUCAGAAGACACAAGAGCAAGGAGUUGCCAAUUUAUAUACUCUUCAUCUGAGCUUAAAUUAAAUUUAAAGGUGAAAGGCUGUGGUAAGAUUUAUUGAAGUGAUGGCACAUUGAAAAAGGUGAAAAUGAGACAGUUGAACUUUAAAGGGUCUUCAUUACCUUUCAGAAUGCAAUUUUCCCAAGAUCUGAAAUUUAGAGUUCAGUUCUGAAAUUCUUCUAAAAGUAUGUGAAAUCCUGAAGAUAUUUUGAAGUCCCAUCUAAUUGUGGGGUUUUUUUUGCUAAGAACUAUUUUGGGUAUUGAUGAGACAGCAUAAAUGGGAUACCAUUGGGAGUAGAAAACUCUGAAAGGAACUGAAUUCACCAGAGGCAGAUUUAGUUCAUAGCUGAGUAAAGUAUUUGAAAUUGGCACAUCCUAUUAUUCUUUUUCCCAUGCAACAAAACUGUUAUUUGGUUUAGAUAUUAUAAUCCUUUUAUCUUAUGCUUUGUCAACAAAAUUUGUAUGGAAUAUAGUUCGUUAUAUGAUCUGUUCAACUCUGAGCAGAUGUCUUUGUUUUUAACUUUUACAGGCUUUAACACUUUGGGAUCAACAUUCUAAAAAGUCAAUUAAAACUAUAUAUCAUAAUUGAGAAAUUAAAGUAAGUCUACCCCUUUGCAUAUCCACACUGCUUCCAAAUACAAUGAUGCAUUUUCUUUAUCUCACUGAUGAUGUUCACAUUAAACUUCCCAGGUAACUUCAAGAUGAAAGAGUGGAAAUGCCUCAUCUUCCAUCCAAUUACUUCCUCAGAGAUUCUGGUUUAAGUAGCCCACAUCAUUUUUGAUCGAUUAGAUCUUACUCUAUAACUCUUUUCCUUUUUAUUGUUUCCCUUUCUUUUAGCAUUCCCUGUGUGACACCCACAAUUUCCUGGUACCUCAUAAACUAGCCUUUUGGUACUAAGACACACCCUGCUCAGCUGGCAGUGAGGUUCUCUUGUGCUCCUCCUCAAAAUAGUUGCUGUCAACUCUACCUUUAAGCAUUUUAAUGGCAAUGAAAAUUUGAGCUGACUUGGCAUCAUCUUUGCUUAAUCACUACUCAUUUAUAUGUCAGUUCAUACUCCUAUUUUUGUGUGAGAGAGAUUGUGGAGAAGCUGUGAGAAUAAUGGAAGGAAUGUUAGACAUAAACAACCAAGAGACAGAAUAAGAGCCUAUUGGUAGUUUAACUGUUAAAUAGCAACUGAGUCCAGGUGGUAAAUCUCAGAAGAAAUAUUCCAAAAUGUUUCAAAAUUUUUGCAUCAAAUGAAUUUGCUAAUAAACAAGACUAGAAAAUUCCUCCUCCACUUUUUAAUAUUCUGUAUUUAUCCUAAGAUUAAUAUUAAAGACAUCUUACUGAAGUUUGUAUAAUUCUUACCUCCUUCAUCUUGUACAAAUCUGUUUUAUCUUUCUUUUUUGUUUUAAUAUAAUUUAGGUUUGAUUGUUAUGACACUUCUACAUUCUUAAUUCAAUCAAACAGUCAAAAUAAAUACUGCAGAAUAUUAGAACAAAUACAAA